AUGGCCUCUGCCCAAGAUGCCAGGUAUGGCCAGAAAGACUCCUCUGAUCAGAACUUCGACUAUAUGUUCAAAUUACUGAUCAUUGGCAACAGCAGUGUGGGGAAAACAUCCUUCCUGUUCCGUUAUGCCGAUGACUCCUUUACGUCUGCAUUCGUCAGCACGGUUGGGAUUGAUUUCAAAGUAAAAACUGUGUUUAAGAAUGAAAAGCGAAUCAAGCUUCAAAUUUGGGAUACAGCAGGCCAGGAAAGAUACAGGACUAUCACCACAGCCUAUUAUCGUGGGGCCAUGGGCUUUAUUUUAAUGUAUGACAUCACAAAUGAAGAAUCCUUCAAUGCAGUGCAAGACUGGUCAACACAAAUCAAGACGUACUCUUGGGACAAUGCCCAGGUUAUCUUGGUUGGAAACAAGUGUGACAUGGAAGAUGAGCGGGUCGUCUCAACCGAGAGAGGCCAGCAUUUAGGAGAACAGCUUGGGUUUGAGUUCUUUGAAACAAGUGCCAAGGAUAACAUAAACGUCAAGCAAACAUUUGAGCGCCUGGUGGAUAUCAUCUGCGACAAGAUGUCAGAGAGCUUGGAGACCGACCCGGCCAUCACCGCCGCAAAGCAGAGCACAAGACUCAAGGAAACCCCGCCUCCGCCGCAGCCCAACUGUGGCUGCUAACGUCCCACGCGCAGCUCCAGGGCGCCUACUGGCCGACACGCAGCGUUUCGAAGUGGUCGAUUAGCCUUCAUUUAUACUGCCUAAUAAUUAUUUGGGGGAAAUCUUUGAUGUUGAUGCCUCAUAAAUGCAUCCAAUUCCUGAGAGAUUUCCUGUGUUCCUAUGUGGCGAAUAUGUGAUCUUAAAUUUAAGGACUAUCCAUCUAUAAACAUCUGGUAUUUGCA